AUGACAUUCCAAUGCAACCUUACCCCCCUUGGCUGCCGGACUACUUUACCCGAAGGAAAUGCCACCUGCCAAUGUGAACCCCCGACCAUUGCAGUCACAUCUCCCGAUGUUCCUGCAGAAUUUCAACUCAUUACUUGCCAACUGACACAGGAUUUGAUACAGGAAACGAAUCCAGAUUCAUUCUUUUUUCCACGAUCCAGGCAGGUGCACAUCGACUGCACAUGGAACAACUCUCUCGGCUAUCACAACUUCCUGAAGAGUGUGGCAAAGGAAAGUGGUGAUAUCGCGAAUGAAAUUGAUACAGUCGGUUAUACCAAUUGCUUUAUGCCAUUUACCAUCACUGCCGCCACGUACAUAAUGCUACCUCGUCUGCAGAAAUUGAGCUUCCAUGACGAGAGUGUAGAUAUCAGUUCUAAUUCUUUUUUGCCCCUCGAGAGACUUGAGCUCCUAUCACUGACCCACCUUCAUUUAAAGUAUCUGCACUCCGAAGUCUUCAGAGGUCUGACCCACCUCCGGGUACUCUCCCUUUGGGACAAUGACCUAAGAGAACUCCCCGAUGGGAUCUUUCAUGAUCUUCAGGAUUUGCAGAGCUUGUCAAUAGCGAACAAUAGCCUUGUACACAUUUCCCGUGAUCUGUUAAUGCCACUUGAAUUCUUAAACAUUUUGUACCUGAAUGGCAAUAAUAUAUCUUUUAUACAUAAAGAUGCAUUCAGGCCGCUCAGGUCUCUGGAAGAAGUGAAUCUGUCGUACAAUAAUCUCGAUGAGACGUUCCUGCUAAGCUUCAUCGAGACUCGGAAGCUUUCACUUUCACACAAUUCACUAACUAGAGUUACAGAGGAUACUUUCGCAGGUGUCCGGGAAUACACUGGCUCAUUAGACUUGUCAUAUAACCUGAUAACGUCCAUUGCCGAAACAAUCUUUCUGGAUACGCCAAAUUUAACCCAGGUUUACCUUCACGGGAAUCUUCUAACCGUUAUUCCUUCCUUCCAUUCUCUUCCCAAAAGCCUCGAAAUAAUGAGCCUCCAGCAUAACCCACUUGUUUGUAGCUGUAACUUGAUUUCAUAUCAGGGGUUGACUAGGUACACUCCUGGGGUUGACGGUAACGCUACAUGUAAGCAGAAGGGUAACGCAUUCGUGACAUUAGGACAGGUCAACUCAUCUUACUGCAGGAAAGGCGGAAUAAAUCCAAUCCACACCGUUCUCAUAUCACUUGGAACUGUAACUGGUGUGAUCGCAGUGGUGUUCAUGUGUUUUGUAAUCUACAAAAAGAACGAAACACUGAUCAAGCUCAUGUUACUAGAAUACUUUCCCGAAGACAUGUCGGAUGAGGAUGCAAAUAAACCCUUCGAUGUAUUCAUAUCUUACAGCCAACUUGACGAUGAAUAUGUGCUUCGUUACUUGGUGCCUCUAUUGGAGAACGAAGAAGAGGCUUCCUAUUCGAUCUGCCUCCACCAUCGUCAUUUCAUCCCAGGAGACGCAAUCGCAAACAAUAUUGUCAGCGCCGUGGCACAAAGUCGUCGUGUCAUCUUGGUACUGUCCAAAAACUUCCUUGAGAGUGAUUGGUGCAUGUACGAGUUCCGCAUGGCUCAUCUUCAAGCGUUGCAGGAUCGUCGUAACACGUUGCUCAUCAUCACUCUGGGAGAUAUCUGCGAAGACAACCUUGAUCCGGACCUGAAGGCACACUUAAGAACUACAACGUAUCUCGAGUCAUCUGAUUCAAAAUUCAAACACAAACUCUUCUUAGCUCUUAAACGGAGGCGCUCAAAGCGAGUAACAUCAAACAACCAAAUGGGACUAAUUGAUCUAGAAGGUUUAUGAUUUCCAUUGUAUCGCAAUGCUCAUCAUGUUUGUGAGUGGAGAGCAAUAUUUAGGAGGAUCCAUGAAUGUCUUUGUACUUUAUACUCUAUUCUGUUGAUGCUUAUCUGAAAUAUGGUUAGGCCUACUCGACGUUUAAUCGGUUGUCGUUUAAGGUUCUUGUAAUCUUCAUCAUGUAUGUAUUUUGAAAUGGUGAAGUUAUCUCAAGAAGCAGCAUAUAAAUAUGCAUAAUAUAAAUCUAAAUCAUUUAGAUAGUUAUGUAUUUUUUUUUCUCUGCAGCAAUAGAUUCACCUGAACUGCUAAAAUAAAUACUAUUGCAUUUUUCAAACUUUUGGCAACGCAUUGAAAUAUAUAAGAAAGUGAUAUUUGAUCUGAAUUUAAUCCCGAACUUGUAUUUUGACAUCUUAAUUGAUCAAGUAUUCAAUUUUAUUUUUCAAUGUUUUGUUCCAUUUUUUAGGCGGUUAAGUCGUUUCCAUACCACCAAAAUUCACAAUACCUUCAUGCCACAAUCAAGUUAUCAACCAAUCUACUUAAAUUCGAGUGACCUUAUUGAAGGAUUUUGCAUCAGUUUAUUGACCUCUGGCUCCUAAAUAAAUUUCAAUUAUCUUCAUUCGUCCUUAUUUCAGAGUAAAAUUAUUGAAUCUCAAGGUUUCGUGAAUUUGCCGUCGAAGGUGAUUUUAUAUAUCAUUCACCAAUUAAAUGUGAAUAUAAAGAGGGGAAUCUUUCUUUUUUUGCCUUGAAGGGUGAAUGUGCA